AUGCCCCAGCCAAUCAGACCCUACCAAUCACGCAGGGCAAGUUUUGCCUCUGUAAGACAGUCGAGUAUGGAGACGCCCCCCAACACGACUCCGCAGCCGUUCCGGCAGCCGAGUUUCCUCAAUCGAAGGUUGAAGGGUUCCAUCAAAAGGGCAAAAAGCCAGCCCAAACUGGACCGGACCAGCAGCUUCAAACAGAUGAUUUUGCCCCGGUUUCGUAGUGCUGAUGUGGAGAGGACACGCUUGAUGCAAAGCUUCAAAGAAUCCCACUCCCACGAGUCCCUUCUUUCUCCCAGCAGUGCUGCAGAAGCUCUAGACCUAGUUUUGGAUGAAGAUGCCAUUAUCAAGCCUGUCCACUCCAGCAUUUUAGGACAAGAGUACUGCUUUGAGGUAACCACAAAUUCAGGGACCAAAUGUUUUGCCUGCCGUUCGGCUUCAGAAAGAGACAAAUGGAUCGAAAAUCUGCAACGUGCUGUCAAACCUAACAAGAACUCCACAUAUUUUUGUCAGGAUAACAGCAGACGGGUGGAAAAUGUGCUCAAGUUGUGGAUCAUUGAGGCACGAGAUCUGCCAGCUAAGAAACGCUACUAUUGUGAGCUGUGCCUGGAUGACAUGCUGUACGCACGCACCACCAGCAAACCCCGCACCGACACCGUCUUCUGGGGAGAACAUUUUGAAUUCAACAAUUUGCCUACCAUUCGUAGCCUUCGAUUGCACCUCUACAAGGAAACAGACAAAAAGAGACGCAAGGAAAAAAGCACAUACAUUGGCCUUGUCAGCAUCCCUAUAUCCAGCAUCACGGGCCGACAGUUUGUGGAGCAGUGGUACCCGGUGAUACAGUCCAGUGUUCUGGCCAAAAGUGGUGGUGUUGGAAGUACCAAAGUGAUCAACGCAUCACUGCGUAUCAAGUCUCGAUAUCAGACGAUGAACAUUCUCCCGAUGGAGCUGUACAAGGAGUUUGCCGAGUACAUCACCAACAACUAUCGAACACUGUGUGCAGUCCUGGAGCCGCUGCUGAGCGUGAAGAGUAAAGAAGAGGUGGCGUUUGCUCUGGUGCACAUCCUUCAAAGCACAGGGAAGACGAAGGAGUUUUUGUCAGAUAUGGCGAUGUGUGAGGUGGACCGAUUCAUGGACCGUGAGCACUUGAUCUUUCGGGAGAACACACUCGCUACAAAGGCUGUGGAAGAGUACCUCAAACUAAUAGGUCACAGAUACCUCAAGGAAGCUAUAGGCGACUUCAUUCGAGCCUUAUACGAGUCUGAGGAGAACUGUGAGGUGGAUCCCAUGCGCGUCCCACCGUCAGUCCUCGCUGACCACCAAGCCAACCUUCGCAUGUGCUGCGAGCUCUUACUCUGCAAGAUUAUCAACUCCCUCUGCAUAUUCCCCCGGGAGCUGAAGGAAGUUUUUGCCUCUUGGAGAGCCAGAUGUGCCGAGCGUGGACGCGAGGAUCUGGCUGACAGCCUCAUCAGCUCCUCCUUGUUUCUCCGCUUCAUGUGCCCCGCCAUCAUGUCUCCAUCCCUGUUCAACCUGAUGCAGGAGUACCCCGCCGAGCGCACGUCCCGCACGCUCACGCUCAUCGCCAAGGUGAUGCAGAACCUGGCCAGCUUCAGCAAAUUUGGACCCAAGGAGGAAUAUAUGUUUUUCAUGAAUGAGUUCCUGGAGAUGGAAUGGGGCUCCAUGCAGCAGUUCCUUUAUGAGAUUUCCAACAUGGACACUGGAGGAAACGCCGGAGGCUUUGAGGGCUACAUCGACCUGGGCAGAGAGUUGUCCAUGCUUCACAGUUUGCUGUGGGAAGUCAUGGGUCAGCUCAGCAAGGAUGCCAUUCUCAAGCUUGGACCCCUGCCUCGGCUCCUGAACGACAUCAGCGUCGCCCUGAGGAACCCGCAGCUUCACAUGCCCACGAACCACCAGCCGGACAGACCUCAGGACAGGCUCUUCUCUCGCCCGUCUUUCAAUCGCCUCAUGUCCUCUGACUUCCAAAGCCUUAUGAUGCGUGAUUUAAACAGCUCAAUAGACAUCUCCCGCCUUCCAUCGCCCACGACCGGCAUCUCGGCUGUAGAAUCCCUCUCAUCCAACCUGAACAUGAGGCGCCAGGCUGAACGCGAUCUCCGCACGACGAGGGAGGUGUUCUAUGUCACUCGUCCACCGCUGGCUCGAUCCAGCCCUGCGUACUGCACGAGCAGCUCUGACAUCACAGAGCCUGAUCCCAAGGUGCACAGUGUGAACAAAAGCGUGUCCAUGAUGGACCUUCAGGACUCUCGUAUGAACAGCAUCUCCAACCUGAACUCAGUGGGGGACAUGCUCGCAUCUUCCCAAGCUUCCAUCGCCGGUCUCGGCCAUAGCUUUGGGAACCUGGGCGGUCCUCUACGUAUGGGAGGCCACUUGCCGCCAGGUUCCUCUGGUUCUGGUCUGAGACUCAGCCAGAUGGGCCACGUAGGGGGGCCCACAGAAUCCCUCUCCCAGCAGCAACAGCAGGCGGCAGCAGCCAUGAACUUCCCCUUGUCUUUCCAAAACCCUCUAUUCCAUCUGGCUGCUCAGAACUCUCCGGCUCAGUCCCAGCCUCAUCCUCCUCCUCCCCCUCUUCUCCUCACCCCCGAGCACGAGAACGGCCACCCCGACUACCCGCCCGCCUUUGGCAACAGUGCGUUCUCCCGCAGCGAGGACCUGUCGGCCCUACAGUCACAGAGCAGCCUGGUGCAGCCCAGCAUCGUCCACUCGCACAGCUACAGUGAUGAUUUCACCCGGCAGAAUCAGAGCAACGACUUCGCCUGGCACCAGCUGUCACUGCAGGUGCAGGAGUCUCUCCAGCAGCAGCACCUGAUGGGAGUCACAUCCCAGACAGGUACUGGCACUGGGACGCCAGCAUCCUUGGCCACACCUCCUACUACAGUUCAUCCUGUCCGCCAGACAUCCAUCGCCGCGCAGCAUCUCAAGUCUCAGCGGUCCAUCAACACUCCGGCCACUGCCACGCCCCCAAAAGUUCGUCCUCAGAGCAGAAACCUCCUCCUCAACUCCUCUGACCCGAGCUUCAGUGGCAGCCAGCCCAAAUCACGCUCAAAUAAACAAACAACACCACAACAACAGCCGCAGCAGCAACCGCUACCGUCGCAGCCGCAGCUGCCAUCGCAGACACAACAGGAGGCGCAGACAGACAGCUCAGCACCUGGGCUUCCCUUCCAGACCAGCUCUGCAAAGGAGAACCAAGUUCCAGCAGCAGGAGAGGAGUCGACAGACACCCCCACAAAAAGCACCAAGAAAUCCCAACAGUCCCAACUGCAGCCGCCGCAGCAGCAUCUACUCAAACCAGUUUCCAACAAACAGGGGAACAUGAAUGAGCGGACGGUGGCCUGGGUGUCCAACAUGCCACACCUUUCUGCCGACAUCGAGAGCCUGCGGCCGGACCGCGAGGGCCAGCUCAAAGAGUACUCCAAGAGCAUGGACGAGUCACGACUUGACAGGGUACGAGAAUAUGAAGAGGAAAUUUACUCUUUGAAGGAGCGCCUGAAGAUGUCGCACCGCAAACUGGAAGAGUACGAGCAGAGACUGCUGUCCCAGGAGCAGCAGACGAGUAAGAUCCUGCAGCAGUACCAGAACCGCCUGGAAGACAGCGAGCGCCGCCUGAAGCAGCAGCAGCUGGAGAAAGAUUCUCAAAUCAAAGGCAUCAUCAGCAGACUCAUGGCUGUGGAAGAUGAGCUGAGAGGGGGUGCCAUUCCAGAUAUUAAGCCUCGAAUCCUCACAGACCAGAGCUUUUUCGCCAAAGCAGCGCAGGCUGGGAAGUUCGCAGGCUUUCAUAUACGGAACCAAAUGUUCUAG